AUGUGGGCGCUUCUAACUGCUUCUGCCCUCACUGCUGCCUUGGCCGCCUGCGAAGAUGGCAACUGUGACGUGAGCAACCUGCUGCAAAAACAUCGGCAUCAGAGCAUGGGUGCAGAGUCAAAGGCCAAGGCAGCCACGUCGGAACUCACCGAGUACCAGGUGGAAGGCUCUUGGGAUUGGUGGAGUGAAGGUGAUAUCUACGCACAUGUCGAAGUGAACCCUUCGAAGUUUGCGUACAAGUCAGAGGUGCGCUACGACCAGAACAAGGGGGACCUUGAUAUGCAGAUCUACCUGCCAACAGAUGUGGGCACCAUCAAGGUGUCACUGUACGAUCACCAUGAAGUUUUAAGCCAUGAUCUGGUGGGGACCAGCACCUUCAAUCCCGCCACAGAUUGUGGAGCGGAGGAUGUGUGCAGCUUUACCUUAAAAUUCCGGAGCACGGAGACAGUGGUGGAAGAAGUUGCUAGGCUUCAGGGUCGUUGGAUCCGUGGUGGUGCAUUGAGAGCGCAUGCUGAGGAAUGCAACAAGCGAGGUACCUUUGUUCAUUUUGAGGAAGAGACCCGGGAGAAGAGCACCUACAAGCUGUACAGUGUCAAGGCGGAAGGGAUUGAGAAUGAACUCUUCUAUGCUCGGAACGGCUCUGUAUUUCCCGCCUCACUGCACGGCGUGCAUUGGAUGGACCAGCGUGGGACCUCCUUGCGGAAGCGUGGGAAAUAUGAGGAGGAGCCGGACUACAAGCAGGUGUGCGCCCUGUCAGCGGAGGAGGUCUUCAUGCACUUUGGGGAAGCGGCCUGGAACCCGAAGACGAAAUGCGCCACCGGUGUGAGGCAAUAUGGUGGCUCGCCUUUGUCAGGGCAUUGGUCUUGGCUGGAUGAGGGCGGAGUGACGAGCACGCAGUGGGCAAAUGGGAACGGUUGGAACAUGAAGUACGACUUCUGCUUCAGAGAUGAGGAGAUGACCUUCAUCGAUGUGAUGAUCCGGAUCUCUUUGAGUCGCAUCUUGUCCGACACCUUGGGCUUGCCCAGCUUGUUCCCGCCCCAUGUGGAGGUGACCUUGCCCACUUGGCUCAACGGAGUGAGCAUGAAGAAGACCAAGUUCGGCUGGGAUCGCCUAACGACCAUCGGGCCUUCUUGGCUGAGGACGUUGAUCCGAACCACCUUCGACAGUGGAAUCAUCCAGAGCGUCUUUGGGAUGGGUGUGGGCCUUGGAGAGGACUGGCCGUUUCUGUCCGGGGGAAUGGAGUGUCAUUAUCCCUUGCUCCAAAUCGUGGACGGCCACGGCCAGCGAGGCAAGUACUAUCAGGACUACCUGGAGUACAUCAACAACGGCACCAGCUGCACUACGCCAACCUUUGACUGCCAGGUGAAUCAAGCUCCUGGCACCGUCGUCAUUGGGCGCUUGGAGCGGCGUAGCUUGAGCCUUCGAGUAGUCUGGGAGACCUUUCUUCCAUCCCUUUUCUGCGGCUUCGCAGCUUCCAAGCCGCCAUGGGCGGCUUCGCAGCUCCAGCCAUGCGAGCGGCUACAGCGCACGACUAAGCUACGCGCACAGGUGCCCCCAUGUAGCAGCGCCAGACUCGUGAUGGAGCGCUUGUUCAAGCGAAGGCUCCAUCUCCAAAUCAUCAAUUGUUCGGAGUCUCAUUGCCUCACCUUUGCCGGGGAGUUCUUCCAGAGCGGUGGGUGGGUGGGACCUCGUGUGGAAGUCAUCGAGGAGGAUGCUGGUUUGGAUCUGCAGAGUCAUUCCUGGACCUCUGGACUGUCGGGAUACGUGACCUAUCGCAAUGACGAUCACAGCAAGUUUCUAUGCCUCGUUGUCUCCUAUCCCCUCAUUGGUUCAUGUUGCUUCACGGCCCGUUUCGGAGACCUUCAGUUGAAGGAUCCGAUGGAGCUCCUACAGAGAGCACCCGAGCUUUGUGAGCGCAGCGAACUGCGAAAGGCGGAGGGAUGCACUUGGGAACUGCUGGACGUCGAAGCUGAGGAGGUCCUGGUUCUGCGGGUGGUUCUGCUGCCGCAGAAGACUCGCCGCCUUUCGAGCAGCUUCGCCUCUCGCUUGCGGGAUGCCUCAUGGUGUGGCUCUGCACAGAGGAGGGAAUCGGUGGGUGAUGCUCCUCGUCAGCUUUGCAUAGAGGUGCACAACAGGUCUCGAGAAGAGUUUGUUUUCGAGAACGACUGGUUCAGAUAUGGCAGCUGGCUUGAAGCUCCGGCGGACCGUUUGCCUGCUGGUGCAACCACCACGUUGAGGCUUUGCAAUAUGGACUACUUCUAUGGAAUCAGCGGGUUAUUUUGGUAUGUGAACGAAUCGCAUACCGUCUACAUGAGCGUGGUCUUCUCGCAUCCCAUCACGGGACAGGCAGCCUUCCGGGUGUUCGUGGGGCCAGCGCCGGGGGAGCUGCACCAGGAGUGGGUGCAGGCUCCGUCGCUGGACUUCGACUGUGCCUUGUAUCGUGUCCUGUCGCUGCAUGCGCGGCACGCACGGGUGGAGAUCAACUUGCCGGAGGAGCUGCCAGAAGUGAGGUGUGAUCCGGUGACUGAGACCGCCCUGGUGCCGCGCGAGGCCGGGCCCGAGCCCGAAGCCGAACCAGGUUUGUUGGACGCCACCCGCCCGCGGGACCUCCUUGAGGGGCUCGGCUCAGGCCUCACCUGCGCGGGCGCGGGCUUCGCCGCGGGCGGGGCUGCUCUGGUGGCGAUGCCGGCAGUGGGCCUCUCCGAGGCAGGGGUCCCUGGCUUCUUGCUGGGCAUGGCCAAGGGCGCCACCUGCGCCGUGGGGCUGGCCCUGGGCGGCUCGGCCGCCGGCUGUGCGCAGCUGGUCCGUGGCGCGCUCAACACCCCGGAGGCCUUGCGCCAGGAGGGUCAAAGGCGCUGGGACACCAAGAGUGGCUGCUGGGUCGAUGAUUUCGUCGACUUGCGCGCCGAGGAAACCAAGGCUGCUGGGAUGUCGGAGGAUUGUGAUUCCGCCCCUCGGCGAGAAUGGUGUUGCUCCAUCGGGCAGGAGGAAGACUCGCCUCUCUUCACUGGUUCCUUGAAGAAGGAGGUGGCUGAUAGCUCGUACUACGACCUGCUGGGAGUGAAACCUGGGUCGUUGCCACGGGAGAUUCAGAAGGCCUACUACAAGGCAGCCUUGCAAGUCCACCCGGAUAAGAACCCUGGCGAUCAGGAAGCACAAAGGCGCUUCCAGGACUUGGCCAACGCCUAUCGGGUGCUGAGCGACCCACAGCUUCGCGAGCACUACGACCAGAUGGGAGAUGCUGGAGAGGCUCCGCCCUGCAUCGACCCGCUACUCUUCUUUGGAAUCCUCUUUGGCUCCGAGCAAUGCGAGCGCUACAUCGGCAAGCUCUACCUGGCCAUGCAGACGAACCAGGUGGCCAAAGAGCUGCAGCGCGAUGCCCGCGACCGGUGCUCCGUCUCCAAGAGUGAACGUCAGCUGCAGCAGCGGCAGUUCCUCAGGGAGGUCCGUUGCGCGGUCUUCUUGCGAGAUCUCCUGGACCAGUGGGCAUUGCGCCGUGAUGCCGUGGGCUUCGCCCAACGGACGUCGCAGGAGGCGAGUAUCCUGGCGCGGUGUAGCUUUGGAUCCAGGCUGUUGAGCGCCAUUGGCCGCUCCUACCAAAGUACGGCCGAAGACUUUCUGUCAGGACUCUAUGGGCCCUUGACCUUGGAAUCCCAGCUCACGCGCUUGAACCAGAGCUUUCAGGACACCCACUUGAAGACAGCAGUGGGACUCAGCGUGGCGAAGGCGGCCUAUGCGGCGAACUCCGUGGAGGGCGAGGCCGCGGCGGCCUGGCACCGGAGCGAAGGUGCGAAAGAUGGCACGCACGCAAAUGGGCUGAGUGGCUUCGAAGAGACGCUGGAAGGGACGUUGCCGGUCUUUCUGCAAACGCUUUGGGAUGUUUGCCUGCUGGACAUCUCUGCCACCCUGAAGAACGUCAGUGGCAAGGUCCUGAAGGAUGUGAGCGUGCCAUGGCAGCUGCGUCUCCGGCGCUGUCAAGCCUUGCUACACGUGGCCCGAUCCUUCCGAGAUCAGGGCCAUGAGAGCCAGGCGGAGGGUGCGAAGCAGCUGUUGGAGGAAGCGUUGCUGGGCUCGGUGAAGCGAUGAGCGGAGCCGUUGACCGUUUGGCCGUGCCGGUGCCGAGCCCGUGCCUCGUUCACGAGCCGCACGGGCUCGGUGCCGAGGGUCGUGCGGCUUCCAUUGACCGGCCGCGAAAGGCUUUUUCAGAGAUGCUACACAUGUUUUUUGCUCAAGUGUUUUUUCGGGGCGCCCCUGGAUUCUUCUUUCAUUGACUCGUUGACGUUCAACUUUAAAUCCCUGUCAAAAGGACCAUUUACAAGCAGGAUUGGUAUAUUGGGCCAAUCCCUUCUGCGCAAUGAAAUCCAAUUGCGGGCCUGUGGCCUCUGCCAAAGUCGCAUGGAGGCCAUGUUUCCCUUCCACCCGCAUCUGCAGAACUCAUGUGCCCUCCCACAGACUAAGAUGCUCAGCCAAUUGUGAGAGGGAGUCUCGAGAGCAA